AUGAAGCCAUCAACAACACUCCCAACAAUCGCUAGCCUGGCGCUCAGCACCCUCCUCAUCACCUCCUCCUCCUCAGCAGCCCCCCUAAACAUCGACACCAACAGCAACAACGGCGGCGCCCUCGCCCUAACCCUCAACAUCAACCUCGGCCAAGACCCCCUCGGAGCCAACGCCAUCGGCAACCCCAACCAACUCUUCACCUUCUCCUCGACACAAUUCAUCUCCGCCCUGCCUGAAGCCGUCGUCAACGGCACCGAACCCACAGGCGGCCUCCCCGGCGCCACAGGAACAUUCAACUUCGGACUCCACAGCGCCCUCGACAUGAUCUGCUACAACAUCACGCUGAACAACUUCCAAGGGGAUUUCUCAUCCCCGGCAACAACAGCUACGCAUAUUCACGAGGCGGCUCUGGGGGCGAGCGGGCCUCCGAGGAUCGCGUUCCCGAAUCCGGAGGUGGUGGCUGGUGGGGAUGGGACGGUGAGGAAUAGUGCGGGAUGUUUGAAGGGGCCGUUUGUGACGGGUGUGGUGGUUGACGGGAAGGAUAGUGGGGAGGGAUUUCGUGUUGAGAUGAUUGAGGCGAAUCCGGCGGCGUUUAUGGCGGAUACGCAUUCGAGUUUGGCGUUGGCGGGUGCUGUUAGGGGGCAGUUGGCUUGA